ACUCAUUCUUCAACACCAGCCUUUCACUCUCUUGCUUUGUUUCUUCCUGUCAACAAUGGCAAUCUCCCUCCAGCUCUGCCGUGUCUCUCUCCGCUCCGAUCUUUUUUCUCGCGACGCCGCCCACUCUGCUCCGCUUCUUCGGCGGAAAUCCGUCUCUAUCAGAUGCUCAGCUGGUGGGGAUGACUCAUCAUCUUCUUCGGGUUCUGUUGCCAUGGAUUCUGAGUUUGAUGCUAAAGUUUUCAGACAUAAUUUGACGAGAAGCAAGAAUUAUAAUCGUAGAGGGUUUGGUCAUAAAGAGGAGACUCUUGAACUCAUGAGUCAAGAAUAUACCAGUGAUAUUAUUAAGACUUUGAAGGAGAAUGGGUUUGAGUAUACAUGGGGAAAUGUUACUGUGAAAUUAGCUGAGUCUUAUGGAUUCUGUUGGGGUGUUGAGAGGGCUGUUCAGAUUGCUUAUGAAGCUAGAAAACAGUUUCCUGAUCAGAAGAUUUGGCUUACUAAUGAAAUUAUCCAUAAUCCUACUGUUAAUAAGCGUUUAGAAGAUAUGAAAGUUGAAAAUAUUCCUCUUGACGAAGGAAGGAAACAGUUUGAAGUUGUGGAUAGUGGUGAUGUUGUGAUUUUGCCGGCUUUUGGUGCUGCUGUGGAUGAGAUGUUAACUUUGAGUGACAGGAAAGUGCAAAUUGUUGAUACUACUUGCCCUUGGGUAUCAAAGGUGUGGAAUACUGUUGAGAAGCACAAAAAGGGAGAUUACACUUCAAUCAUUCAUGGUAAAUACUCUCAUGAGGAAACUGUAGCUACUGCUUCUUUCGCUGGAAAGUAUAUUAUUGUGAAGAAUAUUCAAGAGGCAACAUAUGUGUGUGAUUACAUUCUUGGAGGCCAACUUGAUGGAUCUAGCUCAACCAAAGAGGCGUUCCUUGAGAAAUUUAAAAAUGCAGUAUCUAAGGGAUUUGAUCCAGAUGUUGACCUGGUAAAAGUUGGUAUUGCAAAUCAAACUACUAUGCUCAAGGGGGAGACUGAAGAUAUUGGUAAAUUGGCGGAGAAGACCAUGAUGCGCAGGUAUGGCGUGGAAAAUGUCAACGAGCACUUUAUUAGCUUCAACACCAUCUGUGAUGCUACUCAAGAGCGACAAGAUGCUAUGUUUAAGUUAGUGGAGGAGAAGGUGGAUCUUAUCUUAGUUAUCGGUGGAUGGAACUCAAGCAACACUUCACAUCUCCAAGAGAUUGCGGAGCUUCGCGGAAUUCCUUCAUACUGGAUCGACAGUGAACAGAGGAUUGGUCCAGGGAACAAAAUAGCUUAUAAAUUGAAUCAUGGGGAGUUGGUUGAGAAAGAAAAUUUCCUACCGGAAGGUCCCCUUACAAUUGGUGUAACAUCUGGUGCCUCUACUCCGGACAAGGUUGUCGAAGAUGCCCUUGUGAAGGUGUUCGAAAUCAAACGCGAGGAAACUCUCCAACUGGCGUAAAUUCAGGUUGUAGUAUAUCAGAUGUGCUAUGUAUAUCUGUAACCGACUGUAUCAUCAACAAAAUAGGUCUGUUUCAAAUCUGCAUCAUACCCUUCGAAUGAUGAUAUUUAUAGGAGAUUGUUGUUUUAGAAGAUGAAAGUCAGGGUUAAGGCAUCGAAAAUUUCUGGCAAGUUCAUGUUCGGACCAGAAAUUUACGUAUCUGUCCACAGUUCUACACAUAUCUGCUUAUGUCAAUGCUGUUAAGCUAAGAUUCGUUAUAACAUCAAACAUUCGUUGUAUUAGUUUAAAAUUUUCAUAAUCAUGAUUAUUAUUUAUAUAAUGGCUCGUGCUUAUGUCUA